GGUCUUCACUAGGUCUGCACCAGGGUGGUGAUGGUAUCAAAGGAGAGAAAAGGGCAAAUGAGAGAGGUGUCAGGAAGGUGAAAUCCACACAUUUUUGUAUAGAUGGUUUCUUUUUUUAGCCUUUAAAAUAUUUUUGGUAUGGAGUCCUGACGAUAGAAUUGAUGUGUUCAAAAAAUAAUCAAUUUUGUCAAUAUAAUCCUGUUGGAUAGUGCUCUUCAAGAUAUUUGCACAAAUCUACCUACAAUUCCACUCAUAAUUCAUUAAAGUGUAAGAAAUCCUCAACAAUUCCUGGGGGUAAUUCCGUAUUUGGCCUAGACAAUGCAUGACCUUUUCAUUCUAAUCUUCACUAUUGUUACAAGAUACUGUAUCCUCUGCGCACAUUCAUUGUCUUCACGUAUCAGGAUGGUGCCUGCGGCUUAGGCUUCACGCUAGGAACCGCACCUGUUAGAGGAAUGGAUGAUUGGCCGGCCCUGGUCGUUAACAUUCACCUCCUACGGUUGAAAGCUUAAGGAAACUGCUGAGGGCUCAACAUUUGAACUGCGGUUUUGGCUUUGCCAUAGAACGAGAAUAACCUAUAGGGAAGAACUGUGUAGAACCAUCGACCAACCACAAGCAAGCAUCAGGCCAAAGGCUGGGACUCCAACAGACCAAUUAGAGACGCAUAGUCUAGCACCGGCCAGUCAGAUGUAGGACUGAGAGGAGAAAUAGGCGGGCCAAUUGCCUUAGAAAAUAAACAACAGUCCGCAGGAGAGCAUCUUUAACCGACGAGCACUCUCGGUUCCUUUUAAACCCCAAGAGGGAGUAUAGGUUUAGCUAAAAUACUCUUCACCUUUCCCAUUAGCAUACCGCCUCGUUAAUGUCGGUGCGAUGGCCUAGCUUCCUCUUGUUCAUGUUAGCUUAGAGAAAGCAAAUGCAACUUUUUCUGGGCUGUCACAGCAUUUAGAACCACUCACUCUCUCUCCCCAAAGUGGGAUUGGCGUCCGGAAUAGCGCAGGCGCAGUCUCCGGGUGGGGGUGGGGGUGUUGGGGAGAAAGGGGCAGCCUCUGCCCGGGGCUUUCUGGGAUCUGUAUUUCCUCAACGGACAGGUUACGAAGCUUCCACCACUUCGGGGACUACAGCCCCCAGAAGCCUCAGCGGCUCUCAGGGGGCGGGCGGUCUGGUCGUUAAUGAGCUCGAGGAAGCCGCGGUGCGGCCCACCAGGUUCCAAAACACGGAAAUGAAGGAGGGAGGCGGGACUGAGGGUGCCUGCGGGAGCCGCCGCGGAGGAGAAGGAGGAGGAGGCCGCCGCGAUUGCGGUGGUGCUCCGUGCUGAAGGCGAGGGACGCUCGAGUUGGGGAAACCGAAGGGUGGGGGGGGGAGCGCCAGUGCGCGCGCCCGGGCGCCAGGCGUCUGUGAGGGGAGAAGUGGAGCGGCGGGCCGCGGGAGGAAGCGGCGGCGGCGGAGUGAGUGAGCGGCGGCGGCCCCCGCGUCCCCCGCGCCUCUAUGGGGGAAGCAGACAAUGGAUUAUGACUUUAAGGCGAAGCUGGCGGCGGAGCGGGAGCGGGUGGAGGAUCUGUUUGAGUACGAGGGCUGCAAAGUGGGACGCGGCACCUACGGUCACGUCUACAAGGCGAGGCGGAAAGAUGGAAAAGAUGAAAAGGAAUAUGCAUUGAAGCAAAUUGAAGGCACAGGAAUAUCCAUGUCGGCUUGUAGAGAGAUUGCACUUUUACGGGAAUUGAAGCACCCUAAUGUGAUCGCAUUACAAAAGGUGUUCCUUUCUCACAGUGAUAGAAAAGUUUGGCUGCUAUUUGAUUAUGCAGAACAUGAUUUAUGGCACAUUAUUAAGUUCCACCGAGCCUCAAAAGCAAAUAAAAAACCGAUGCAGUUGCCAAGAUCGAUGGUUAAAUCACUGCUUUACCAGAUUCUUGAUGGAAUCCAUUACCUCCAUGCAAACUGGGUGCUUCACAGAGACUUGAAACCAGCAAAUAUCCUAGUAAUGGGAGAAGGCCCGGAAAGGGGGAGAGUCAAAAUAGCUGACAUGGGUUUUGCCAGAUUAUUCAAUUCUCCCUUAAAACCUUUAGCAGACUUGGAUCCAGUAGUAGUGACAUUUUGGUAUCGAGCUCCAGAACUAUUGCUUGGUGCAAGGCAUUAUACAAAGGCCAUUGACAUAUGGGCAAUUGGUUGCAUUUUUGCUGAGCUAUUGACUUCAGAACCUAUUUUUCACUGCCGUCAGGAAGAUAUCAAAACAAGCAAUCCUUUUCAUCAUGAUCAACUAGAUCGUAUUUUUAGUGUCAUGGGAUUCCCUGCAGAUAAAGAUUGGGAAGAUAUUAGAAAAAUGCCAGAAUAUCCCACACUUCAAAAAGACUUCAGAAGAACAACGUAUGCCAAUAGUAGCCUCAUAAAAUAUAUGGAAAAACACAAAGUGAAGCCUGACAGCAAAGUUUUCCUUUUGCUUCAGAAACUUCUUACUAUGGAUCCUACAAAGAGAAUUACCUCAGAACAAGCUUUGCAGGAUCCCUAUUUCCAGGAGGAUCCCUUGCCUACAUCAGAUGUGUUUGCUGGCUGUCAGAUUCCAUAUCCGAAACGAGAAUUUCUUAAUGAGGAUGAACCUGAAGAAAAAGGAGACAAGAAUCAGCAGCAGCAGAAUCAACAUCAGCAACAAACAGCACCUCAGCAGCCACAGCAGGCAGCGCCACCACCGCCACCACAGCAGCAGCAGCAACAAAACAGCACCCAGACAAAUGGGACAGCAGCAGGAGCCGGAGCAGGAGGAGGGGGCACUGGGGCAGGGCUCCAGCACAGCCAGGACUCAGGCCUUAAUCCAGUGCCUCCAAAUAAGAAACCACGGCUAGGGCCUUCAGGCACUAACUCAGGCGGGCCUGUCAUGCCUUCUGAAUAUCAGCACUCCAGUUCACGCCUGAGUUACCAAAGCAAUGUUCAGGGAUCGUCUCAGUCCCAGAGUACCAUGGGCUAUUCCACAUCAUCUCAGCAGAGCUCCCAGUACCAUCCAGCUCAUCAGGCUCACCGGUACUGAGGAGCCCGGCAGACUCCCCUCAGCAUGGAAUGAAUGAACCAAAAGUCAAAGGCUCCAGCAAUAUGAAGGUCACAGUGAGAAGAACCAAAAAUGCAAACUGUGAUAUAGCUGAAAGAUUCUUAAGUAUAUGAGAAGAGCUUUAUUGACUGAACAUUCUGCGGUGGACUUAUCAACCUUCUUUACUAGCUUAAAGAAGGUCCUUGUGAAGUUUCCCAGCUCCCUUCCCCCUGCAUGUGUUCCAUUGUGGUUACUCUGAUAAAAUGUCUGAUCUAAACCCAGCACUUAACUUUUCUAACCUUCAGCAUUGUUUUGAAGGAUUCCUGGUGCACCUUUCUCAUGCUGUAGCAGUUGUCAUGAUUUGAUCUUUUCAAAGCUCUUUAAUAGAAUUUUAAUGUUUUAGAUUGGAAUUUCAGCUGUAUAUAGUUUUAUACUAAGCAAAUUGGUUCAGCAACACAGGUUAAAUGCACGUUUUUAAAGCACUACCUUGUUUUCACAGGAUGUUACUGUUUUGCUCAUGGAUGUCACGAACAGAACAUUUUAACUAUUCCAGAGUAUUUACUGAUUGUUUUUGUUAGUCUAGUUUUCAGGGAAAUUAAAGGGGGGGGGCACGAAGAACCCACAACAGAAAAACAAAUUUUAGGUCCUUGCAGUUAUGCUUCAUGCUAGUGAACUGAAUACCAAUUAAGAGUUUGUGAUUGCUAUGUUAAUCAUUCAUAUGGAGCACCAUUUGUAGAGUCAUUGUCUUGUUCCAUAUAGUUUUCAAUAAUUAAGUUUCGUGAUUUCAGUCUAUUUCUAGGGCAUCCUUUAAUAUAGCUAAGACCACCUUAACAGAGGUUUCAGAACUUUGGUUGAAUGUAGUCCUCUGGCCAUUCAUACCAGCCAGCAAGAAAAACAUUUUAACUACCUUAGGAUUUUAUUAGAAAGGAGUGACUGUCGAUUAAAGGAUGCAUUACUUAACCUUUCAAAGGAAAUUUUUAUGCAUAUUGUAUAUAAAGUUGGCUUCUCUAAAGAUUUAUCCAUUUCUUCAAUUUUGGCCAGCUUACAUAAAUAGCUUAAAUAAUCAAAGUUAGUUAAAUAGAAGUUUACAAGCUAAUCUUUUAAAAUACAAAUUUGAUGAUUCCCUUUCAUUUUUGCAUUAGAUAUAAAGUAACUAUUUCAAAAGCAUGUUAAAACAUUUAGAUUUUUUUCAUGUUUAAGAUAAGUAUUAUGUAUACAUAAUAUUGCUGUUGUUGAUGCAACUUUCUAUUAAUAGGUUUUACAUUGCACUGAAAUAUUUCUUUUGCCCCUAGGAGAAAACUUUGUGAGUGUGCCUAAAACCUAUAGGCAGAUAAGUGUAAGACUGUAAUGGCUAUCAUGAAUAUUCCAGUUACCAUUAUCCUCAAAUCUGACACUAAAAAUCCCAUCAUUGUCUAGUUGUAGGAGCCCUGGCUCUUCAGAAAAGUAAUGAUUUGGGGAAGGCAUUUUUUUUAGUCUUUAUAAAAUGAUAUAAAAAUUGGCAACUCUAAUCACAGUAUAAAAGGGAAAGUAUCUGGGUUCUUCAGAAUGCUUUUAACCAUGGAAGUGACACCAGCCUUAUUUCACAAAUUUCUUUUCCAGAAUUAGAAGUAACCUUGAUUACUAUAUACAAUUUUUUACUAUUUGUGAACUCAUCUACCUGGUUUUGAUAAUCUGGGUCCCAACUCAAGUAAAAUAAGACUUUAGAUAGAAUCCAGUAUACAUUUUGCACUAAUGAUGUGUUGUUAUGGCCUGCAGAGGGCCUUACUUCUCUCAGCAUAAUGUUUAUAAUUAAUAAUUAAUCAUUUAUAAAAACUAUGAAGACUAAUUAUAGACCAGGCCGCAGGCUGCACUCAAAGCAAUUUUCCAUUCUCCCUAAUUGUUUUUUUUUUCUUUCUUUUUCAUGAGAAAGCAGCUACUAGCCGGUGUCUAGUACAGUGCCUUGCACAUAGUAGGUAUUCAAUAAGUGCAUGUUGAAUUGAAUCAUUAUAGUCAUGCCAGCAUUAUAAGUUUAUCAUAUACAGUGAAUCACAUUAUAAAGCUGUCAGUUAAGUAAUCAUUGAGCACGUACUAUGUGCCUAGUGUUGGACUAGAUACCUUAAUAAGAUGCAGAACCCUGGUCCAGGUCCUAAAGGGGCUUACGUUUCUAGUUGGGGAAAUAAAACUAGGGUGUCCUUUGUGGUGGAGAGUUCCACACCUUCUGAUGACUGCCUUAUAGGUAGACUUAUAGCAGCAAGGUCCUUUAGGUGUUAACCAGACCCACUAAAGAUGGGUUCAUAUUCCAGUUUCUGAUCCUGUAAGCAAGCAGUGUUCUAUUAGAGAGGUUCUGCUGUGUAUCCAACUUCAAUAGAGAGAAAGCACCAAAUUAAAUGCAAUGAAAGGAAAUUGUAUUUGGAAUGCUAAUAAAGGUCUUUCAGUAAUCCUCUAGUGUCUGUUGUGGCCCAGGCUAAACUAAGUACUUUAGGGAGUUAGAAGGAAAGUACUCCUGUCCUAAAGAAGAGAUUACAUUGCAGGGGAAAUAGAACAAAGAAAGAGCAAAAGAAACAGGAGCCAAAAUGUAAUGCUCUUUAGUACUUGGGACAUUUGCAAACAUUUCACAGUACUGUGUAUGUCAUGAGUUUAAUGGGCUGGUACUAAAUUUUGUCUCUUACACACACACACACACACACACACACACACACACACACACACACACACACACACACACACACACACACUCUGCAGCCUUGUUAGUGAUUACUUGUUUUACAGUCUAACCAAGCCUAUUAGCUCUUUUUUUAAUCUAUCAGCAUUUUCUUUUUUUCCUCCUCUUCUGGUCCUGCCCCAUCAACACUCAUUCUCACUUUAUUUUUAGAACAAUUUUAGUUUUGCUUUAAUUUUCUUUAUUAUUUCACUUCAAAGGGGAGAAUUUGAAAACACUGCGUUUUUGCAUUUGAAUUUUCCUAUGCCCAAAUGAACAUAGCUUCAUCUGAAAAUAAGGUAGAUACUUCUCUGUAUGCUCAAGGGUAUACAGAGACACCCAAACCAGGGUACUUAAAGUUAAAACAGUAAAUUAAGUAAAAACAGACAUUUGGGGGGGCACAUUAGCUGUCAUUCCUAUUGCAAAUCAUCUUAGAACAGCUUUCUCUCUGGUUUUACAGUGAGAUGAAUGUAUAUCUAGAAGAAAGGUGUUCCAGAAUUCUAAGGUAUAUAAGAAUAAAGGUUAGACUUCCUCCUGUCAGGGCUAAUAUAAUGAGGUUGGAAUUACCUUUGUAAAAAGAUAAAUAAUGCAGUAACUUGCAAAAACCAAGGACUAGUAAGUAUAUUUUUGUACCUGUGUGAUUUUUGAAAAAUGACUUAGUACUUGGAAUUUUGGCCUUCUGCAUAGCUGGUCUUUUCCCUCACAAAAGCAUUUCACACUUUGCAGUUAAAAAUAGGAAAUGACAUUUGCUUAUUUAUUUGUUUAUGGCCUGGUUCCUUUAGUAAAACAAGAGAUCACUCCCUAUAAUGAUGUGAUUGUGUUAGUUGAAGGGGUUAAAAAAGAAGACAGAAAGGGGAAUCAGAUUAGCCACUGUCUACUUUGAGUAAUUGUAUGUAGCAAAAAACAACCAUAUAAUGAAGGAAAAAUUGUAUGAAAAUUGCAAAUCCUGCCUGCACUAUAUCUGUGAUACUAUCUUCUUGAUGGGUGAGGGUUCAGAAAUAGCGUUCCAAAAAGAGUCUUGAAGUAUUCAAAUACAUGUAACAUUUUAUAUAAAACGUAGCAGCUUAGGUUCCCUUUAUAAGCUUCAGGAGUGGUCCACAAAUAUCAUUAAGCAAAGAUAAUUGUUGUAGGAUUAAAAAACAAACAAUGUAUUGUACAUAAGGCCAUACGUACUCUUUUAUGAUAUCACUACAAAGGAGUGAUAUGUAUUACUAUAUGAAAAAAAUCCUUAAUGCACUGUUAAUCUCUUAAAUAUUUAGUAAAUUAAUACUAUUUAAUUUUUUUAAAGAUCUGUCUGUGUAGACACUAAAAGUAUUACACAAAAUGUGGACUGAAGAUGUCCUUUUUAAUAGCAAUUUAAAUAAUUUUUAUAUGUCAUGUAGUAUAUACUUUCCAAAUUGCUCUAGUUUGUAUUUUCCCAUGUUUCCUAUUUGUGAAAGUGUGCCUGUUUCCUCUUUCAAUAAUUACAUGCACGCAUUAUUCAUUUUCUAAUUAUUACAUGGAGUACUAUAUAUGCUUUUCAUGCUACCGCAAAGGUUUGCUGCCCUAGUCAUGUAGUAGCCACAGACAGCUGUGCCCCUUCUGAUGGGUGUGCAGGAAGAGCCGCUUGCUUACUUUCGAGUUAAGAGUUUACUGCAUUUGAGUUGUCUUGACAUCGUUCUCGAAAUGACUGUUGAAACUAAAAUGAGUUAAUUGCAUUUAUUUUAUAUUCUCGGUUGUAAUAAAAUUUAAUUGACUUUG